AUGAAAGAUCGACUUAUCCCUGCCUUCCCUAAAGUCCCUGUAUGGUACUUUGUGCCAAAAAUUCACAAAUCACUGACCCGACCUCCUGGACGUCCAAUCAUCGCCGGGAUCGGGUCAGUGACUGAGCCCUUAUCCGGUUAUAUUGAUUGGCUCCUCAGACCGCUGCUAGCUAGCACCCCGACGUACCUAAUGGACACAGGUGACUUUCUCCGGGCAUUCGGGUCCCUUGAGUGGCAGAGAGGGUUUAACCUGGUGUCCUUGGACGUCGAAAGCUUAUACACUAGAAUCCCCCAUGAUUUAGGACUUUGGGCAAUUAGCCAAGUCCUUAGCAGAAGCGAUAAGGAUGUGGCGUUCAAAAACUUCAUCCAUGAAGCAUUGGACCUCGUCCUUACUAAUAAUGUUUUUCAGUUUCAUAAUCAGUGGUACCGCCAGCCGCACCACAUCCGGGUCAACGGCGCAGAGGACGAGGAUGCUGUGGGCUGCCCAGUAUGGGGGGCGCUGCGCGGGACGCUGUGUCUGGGGAGGGCACGGACGUGUGUCUUCUCCCUGUCCCUGCGGAGCAGAGCGCCGCCCGGGCGUCAGGUUUCUGUACCUGAUGUGAAGUUUGUUCGUUUCCUCAGCACGUCCUCCACUCCAGUAAACCAUGAGGAGGACAGACUGGUUUACAUUGGAAACCUGGGAACGGCAGUACCUGGGGUGAAGUUCUUCUCCUACUCUACCAGCGUGGUCAGCUUAAUUAUUCUGCCAAUGAUUUUUGCAAAUUCUGGCAUCGGAGUAGACAGUCUUCCAUUGAAGAUUGCUUUCUUCAGCAUAGUUGGAUUCUUCACCUUCAUUACUCCUGUUACUUUGCAUUUGUUGACCAAGGGCUAUGUGGUUCGCCUAUAUCACAACAAGGAGAGAGACCUUUAUACUGCAACCACUUACAAUGCAUUUCUUAGAGAGAAAAGGACAGCGUUUUCCCCAGAAGAUGUUGAAGUACCUGGAGUGAGCAAGAUGUUCACCACAUUUUAUGCAAAGAAGAAAUCCAUGCUGAUAAAUCCAAUGUUAUUUCCCAAUUCCAAUGAUUAUCAGCACCUUAUGGGCUAUGAUAAACCCUUCACUUUUAAUUUAGAAGACCUAAAUCCUCCCUCUAAGGAAAAAUAAACCUUGUGUUUGUAAAGGUG